UAGAGUGAGACGUUGGCGUUUGAAACCAGCCAAUGGCAGGCAUACACUGGAGCUUCCUUCCCACCUUUUCCCAGUCUGCGAGUACACUGAGGCAAGCUAGGAGGUGGUGGCGGCGGCGGCGGCGGCGGCGGCGGCGAAGUUGCUUCUGAGUGGAGCUCAAGAUGACCGGUUCUAACGAGUUCAAGCUGAACCAGCCACCCGAGGACGGCAUUUCUUCGGUCAAGUUCAGCCCUAACACCUCCCAGUUCCUGCUGAUCUCAUCCUGGGACACCUCGGUGCGCCUGUAUGAUGUGCCGGCCAACUCCAUGCGGCUCAAGUACCAGCACACUGGCGCUGUCCUGGACUGCGCCUUCUACGACCCAACGCAUGCCUGGAGUGGGGGGUUGGACCAUCAAUUGAAAAUGCAUGAUUUGAACACCGAUCAAGAAAAUCUUGUUGGAACCCAUGAUGCUCCUAUCAGAUGUGUUGAAUACUGUCCAGAAGUGAAUGUGAUGGUUACAGGGAGUUGGGAUCAGACAGUUAAGUUGUGGGAUCCCAGAACUCCUUGUAAUGCUGGGACCUUCUCUCAGCCUGAAAAGGUUUAUACCCUCUCAGUGUCGGGAGACCGGCUGAUUGUGGGCACCGCCGGCCGCAGAGUGUUGGUGUGGGACUUGCGGAACAUGGGCUACGUGCAGCAGCGCCGGGAGUCCAGCCUCAAGUACCAGACCCGCUGCAUACGAGCCUUUCCAAACAAGCAGGGAUAUGUAUUAAGCUCUAUUGAAGGCAGAGUGGCAGUUGAGUACUUGGACCCAAGCCCUGAGGUACAGAAGAAGAAGUAUGCCUUCAAGUGUCACAGACUGAAAGAAAAUAAUAUCGAGCAGAUUUACCCCGUCAAUGCCAUUUCCUUUCACAACAUCCACAAUACAUUUGCCACAGGUGGUUCUGAUGGCUUUGUAAAUAUUUGGGAUCCAUUUAACAAAAAGCGACUGUGCCAGUUCCAUCGGUACCCCACCAGCAUUGCCUCACUUGCCUUUAGCAAUGAUGGGACUACGCUUGCAAUAGCAUCAUCAUAUAUGUAUGAAAUGGAUGACACAGAGCAUCCUGAAGAUGGUAUCUUCAUUCGCCAAGUGACAGAUGCAGAAACAAAACCCAAGUCCACCUAAUCAUCUCGUGAAAGUGGUUUCUCUAUGGAAAGCUUUGUUUUGCUUCCUACAAAUACGUGCUUAUCCCCUAAGGGAUGCCCUCUUGUCUUUGUGGACACAUUACUUAGUGUGUGGAUUUCUCUGUUUUCUGUCUUAUAAAAAAACUUGUCUGUGCGCCCUUUCGUACCGACUUUGUGUAGGAUGAUGACUCUUUGUGUCCUGUGCAGUAGUCUGAAGAAUUUUUUCCCCCAGCAAGCCCAGUUGCUGUUUAUGAGCAGCUUGAGCUCUUUUGUAAAAUAAUCUAAACCUGUUAUUUCCCUGCUGUCAAAUAAAUCAGAGAUUCAGAACCCUUAAAUGUUGGAUGUUUUUAAAUGUUGGUAAUUAAUGUAAUUUACUUCAUAAAAAGGCUUCUGUAAAGCAAAAGUACUUUCAUCAAGGGCCUGGUGGGGAUGACAUUUUACCUUUAAGUCCACACUGCCUCGUUUAAUUAUGUCUGUUCUGCCGUACAUGGGGAUUCAGCCCUGGCUAAAGUGAUCUGUUGGAGUUCUGCCAUUCCCCUUGUGCCCUUUUGCUGGAUCAGCGUGGUCCCUGAGCCGACUGUGCAGCUUCACAGGACGGGGGCGGCCCGCAUGGCAGCUGACAAGGUGGCCUUUGUCACAACUCGUUCCUUAGUAGCAUUAGUGCAGGAGAGCUUGUGUGGCUCAGAUGUCUGUGUGCUGCUGCGAUCAGCGUAAGCACACAGCCGUGUGACAGGCCUAUCUAUGUACACAGGCCUGUCUACAUAUCCGUCGAACGCUAAGUCAAAGUGAAGCCCCUGGGAUGGUAAAUACUGUGACAGGCAGAGACUAACCGAGGGUAUUGGUUCCUCAGUGUGAUAUGUGCUUAAAGUCAUAACCACUUGGCUGAGAACAGCAUAAAUUUAAAACGUUGAACUGGAAGAUAAUUAAUGCAAUACUGUAAAAGGUGACUAAAUCAAAGCAAUGUUGGGGACCUGUUUUUGAGGUUGUGGUGUGGGAGAGCUUUUUUGGACUUCCAUCUGGAUGUUCUCUUGUCUCUUGAAACCAAAUGUGGCUUAACCUACAUGCAUCUCCCUGUCUUCACAAUUUGCUUGCUUAAUUAUUGUGGCUGCCUUUUCCCCUAAAGACCCUGGUGUAAUACUCCUAGCGUUUUCAUUCCUGACAUUUUCUUUGCUGUUUUAGGUGUCUCUUCAGUUUGUCUUUCUUUCUACUAAUCCUCCCCCACUGCCUUAGAGGGUCCCGUCUGUCCGUUUUGGGGAGUGCAGUCGCCUCCAGUCCUUUGAAGCAGUGACAUUGAAACAUUUUAUCUGUGACCACAGUAAAAAAUACACUUGAACCAUGGUCUAGAACACAGAGCUCAAUAAAGUAUAUGUAACGGAAA